AGAUUUUGCUUUAAUGAUGAGAAGUGAAGUUUUUACAAUAAAUGGAAGCUGUUUUUUUUUUGUUAUAUAUUAGAACAGCCUCCUCUCACAUUCACUUCUGAAAUGUGUUCUCUCACAAUGUGCAGUUGCAUUAGCAUGGUGGCCCAUAGUGAUGUGGGUAGUUUAAAAAUACUGCUACCAGUACCAGAUACAUUUUCGCUCUAACUAAUGAAUUGUUAAUGUAAUAAAGCAUAUGUAUAGGCUUUGAUGCAAAAUUCAGAUGUCUUUAGUGUUCGUAUGUGUACAUUUUGUUUAGAUGAUAUUAAUAAGUAAACUUACCAUUUUGGUAUUAUAAGACAGUGGUGGACUUUGUCAAUGUGGCUGCAUUUUGCCUCUUGUUCAGCUUAAAAAUAACCAUUGGUGUAACUUUAUUUUAGGAUCUUGCCAACUGCAAUGUUUAGGAAAUCUCAUUGUGCUGUCAGGAGCAGAUUGGGUGCAAUAUACAUACCCAGAAACAAUGCUUGUAUUAACAUUUUUAAGUUUCGUCCUCCCGUGACAAGUUCAACCAUGCAGCAGCAACAAUACUACCAGUGGUACCAGCAGCAACAGCAGCAGUAUCCAGGGUACACAUACCCAUAUAACUACUACUACCCUAUGCCAUCUUAUGGAGGUCAAUAUCCACCAAAUCAGUAUGCUGUACCACAAGGAUCUUAUCCUGUAGCACCAGCCUCCAGUGGCCAGCCUCCCCCAGUGCCUGGAAUAGAUGACCAGUCUUUAAGUUACCCUUCUCAACCUCCAACCCCCUCUACCUCUCAACCUCCUCAGAGCCCAGAUAAACCCCCUCCACCCCCUCCCGCAACUCUCCCCCCUCCUCCCACCACCCAGUACCCUCCACCCCCUUCACCGAAUGCUUACAAUUCCAAAAAACCUAUGACGUAUCCCCCUGGGGAUCCCAACAAAAUUCAUGUCCAAUACAAUCAUUCCCAAGGACGACCCAAUUAUGCCCAGGCUUUUCAGAGCCAGAAUCAUUUUCAACACGCACAAAAUUCCUCCCAGCCACAAGCUAAUCAAUAUGUCCAAGGUCCGGCAAGAGGGGAACAGAACAAAAACCAGACUCAAGGACAGCAGCUUUGGCACCGCAUGAAACAAGCACCUGGAACAGCCGCUGUGAAGUUCAACAUUGCCAAGAGACCUCAUCAGGUUCAGUGUUCCCAAAUUUCCAGUGACACAUUCCCAACAGAGGAACAGCCUGCAGGACUCAAUAAUGCUGCCCCCUCUGCUUCCAACACUGCCUCUGGUGCAGCUCAGACAAGACCGCAGGAUUGGCCUCAAGCUAUGAAAGAAUAUGUGCAGCGAUGCUUCUCAGCAUGUGAGACAGAAGAAGACAAAGAUUGCACAGAGAAGGUGCUAAAGGAAGUCCUGCAGGACCGACUUAAGGAUGGUUCUGCUUACACAAUUGAUUGGACCAAAGAACCGUUGCCAGAUCUUAAGGCCAAGCCGUCUCGUUGGGAAGCAGUCUCUUUUCAGAGGACCAUGGAGAUGACAGUCAGCCGUGGUGGAAACACAGCUGCAGCGUCUCGGGGCAGAGGGCUUGGUCACAGAUUAGGAAACUACAGGAACAUCUUUUCGCAAAGGAGUCCAUCGUCAAGUUCCUCACACUCAUCUUCCCGUUCACCAUCCCCAACACAAAGCAGGAGAAAAGACCGGAGCAACCAGAGGCACAGACACAGUGACUCUGGCUCUCAGUCGGACAGUAGCAUCACCAGCGAACUCAGACCGCCGUUGUCCAGGCGUGCGCAAAAACGUGGUCGUGGUAAUGACAGAGAUAGGGGGCGUGGUGGAGGACGAGGGAGAGGAAAAGCUAACAGAGGGAGACGGAACAUGGAAGAUACCAGCUCACCUGCAGGUAAGAAAAGAAAAGGUGGAAAUGCUGGUUUGGACUUCCAUGAUCCCAACAAAGAGGCCAAAAAACAGAGUCGAGCCGCACGCUUCCAAAAGCAGCUUCGUCAAGAACCAUUGGUCCUCACCAUCAAUAACCUGGAUUUGCCAGAUGGGACUCAAGAGAGCCUCAAUUGGGAGGACUGUCCUAUUGUUGGAACCUGUCAAGACUUGACGAAGCCUUAUCUGAGACUCACCUGCGCCCCUGAUCCCUCCACUGUGCGGCCUGUCCAUGUUCUAAGAAAGUCUUUGCAGGCUGUCAAACUCCAUUGGAAAAGUCACCAGGACUACGUUUAUGCCUGUGAACAAAUGAAGUCUAUACGACAGGACCUGACGGUCCAAGGAGUUCGUACUGACUUCACAAUCGAAGUGUACGAGUGUCAUGCACGCAUCGCUCUGGAAAAGGGAGACCAUGAAGAGUUCAACCAGUGCCAGACGCAGCUGAAAGCCCUGUAUAAGGACAACCACUCUGAGAACAUUGGAGAGUUCACAGCGUAUAGAAUAAUAUACUACAUCUUCACGAAAAAUUCAGCAGAUGUGACCACAGAGUUGGUGUAUUUGACACCGGAGCUGCGAGCAGAUGAGUGUGUGGCUCACGCGCUUUCUCUGCGUGCUGCCUGGGCGUUGGGAAACUAUCGGCGUUUCUUUAAGCUUUAUCUUGCAGCCCCGCGAAUGGCUUCAUACCUCAUUGACAAGUUCGUAGAGAGGGAAAGAAUAGCUGCCCUGCGUGCUUUAGUCAAAACGUUUAGGCCUGACUUGCCAGUGGACUAUGUGCAGUCCACCCUUGGCUUUCCUUGUUUAGAGACCUGCAUGGAGUUUCUUACUGGCCUAGGUGUCACCUUUGCUCCCUCGGACCCUACAAAGAUAGAUUGUAAAAAUAGCACUGUUGCAUUGGCUACCUCAUGAUAUGGGGGUGUUCAGAGUAGAAAGUUAGGUUCUAGUGGAGCUGUUUCACACAUUGUUCAGCAGGAAGAAAGUCUUCAUUCUACCGAUUUUGCAGUUUCAGAGUUCAACAAGAAAUGAUCUUCACACGCUCACCCAUCACACACCAGCCAGUUAACGUAAUGCCAUUAGAUAGAAAGUGAGAGAUUUGCUGUCAAUCACUCCUCUCCAUCUCCACACCAAACGGCCUGAAGAUCACACAAGCAGACGUCACCGAUCCCUCCAUUACCACCUUCAGAUGUCACAGCUAACAGUGUUCUGUUAUGUUCUUUUCCUUCCUCAAGUCAACAGCUUUACCAUCGGGAAGAGUUGGUCCUUGCUUCUUGUAAAGAGUAUAUGGAGCUCCUCAAGUCUUUGAUGCUGAAAAUCAGAAGUCUAUCGACAUUCUGUCUGCCACUAAAAACUGAUUCAGUCUGGGGUUAUCUGAAGAAGCGCCACCUCGCUCAACAAGCGUUGGGUUGUACCAGCUGUUCCCAUCCAUUCAACCCCCCGCUUCCUUGAGAUAGUUCCCCGCUGACGGCAGUAAUUAGCUGUUCAUCCCCGAUUGCCGAAGGCAUGAAAGAAAUCCUGGUCACCAUUGCAAAAGACUUUGCCGUCCCUUCGUCUGCGGACAGGAGCAGUGGGGCUGCAGAUCCCGUCCCUGCACUACACAGAAGAAGUUCCAUCAUUGGAAGUAGUAGGGUCCAGUUGUGAAAAAUGCCAGCGUCCAAGUUGAAGAGAGUCCUGAGAGCUGAAGCUGUCAUCAUCGUGAAGGAAUCCUGGCGAGUGGUUUGUAUGCAACAUCUGGCUCUCCUGUCUGAUGUUCGCACAGCUGGUAAGGGAACGUGAGCUCGACGGGAAGAUGGAUUCUGAAGUUUUCCAAGUGCGUUUGGUGACCUGUGGUGCCAUUGGGCGUGGCACACCAGGAAUGCCAAACAUCUCUGCCUAACAGAAGGCUCAGGAGCUGCACCAGGAUGGCAAAUGAAACAUUUUCACAAUUUUUAAACAGAUGGUGGCGCUAUUUUAAUAAUCGGUGCGAAGCAACCUGAGUCUUUGUCACAUAGUAACCACUGCUAUGUUACAGAACUUGGAGCACCCUAAAUUAUCAACCAAAGUUUAUAUUUUAUUUCAUGAGAUCCCUUUUGUUUCUAGAAGUGUGGACCAAUUGGGAAAAUUCAACUUUUCUUUGACAAUUAUGAAAUUCUUAUAAUUGCUGCAGAGGUUUCUGCUUAUUGAUGUUUGGAUUUGGAACAGUAUUCUUGAUAGAAGUACAUUUGGAAUUUUGAGACUACAUCGAUCUGCUACAGCUGUACAGUCGUGUGUAUCUGAAGAGUAUAUAUUUUUGUACAAUUGAUAAAUAAUUUUUGUGUAGGCCAAGAUGUCAUCCAACAGAGCAUUGCUAGGGCAUCUCUCCAUUUAGGGGAAACCACAUUAAGCCAUGUAUGACUGUAAGGUCUGCGCUGCUGACUGGUUUUUAUACAGAGACGACGCGCUUUAUUUAAAUGCAACGGUGCUUGAGUCAAUAGCAGUUUCUGUAUGAAAUCACCAAGUGAAUAGCUUCCGCAACAGGAUGGCGAUGUCAACACUGUGAAGCUGAUGUGAAUAUGUGUUUGAUUAUCUCAACUUGUCUUCUUCUCUCUUUCACCUCCAACCCAUGUCCUUUUCCCUCCCCUCACUACUCACCAUCUUCAGCCGCUCACCACGGCACUGCAGGAGCACACGGAGAGAAAAUCAGAGCAAUUCUCCUUGCUGCCGCCCCAGACACCCAAGCGGAGAACGUGACUUGUGAGAAAGCCACAUCUUUUGACCCGGUCACUCAAAGAUAAACCAAAAUCAAACCUUCAGUUUUAACGUGUUAGAAUUUCAGGUUGUUGAUUAGUAUAUAUGAAAUUCGCUGCAAGACCUUCACAUUUGUCCUGUGUCAAGAUUUCUCUUCUAGCUAUUCAGGUUCUUUACUCAUGUGAAGCAACUUUUAUUAUACUCUACAAAGUUGCCAAACGUACGACGUCCUGUUUUGACUCUACCACUGAAAGUAACUGAUGUGGCCAGUGUUGAUGUGCUCCCAUAAUGCAAUGUUUUCCUUUCAUUUUCCAGUGUGCUCUGUUUAAUUUGAUUUUUGUUGUAGAUAAUUCACCUCAGACGACUAACGACAGUCAUUUCUGAUGUUUAUUUCUCCCGUUGCCUAACUUGUUUCAGUAUUUGUGCUCCCCCUGCUGAAUCAUCAUCAUCUCUCUUCCUACUUCACUUUUAAUCCCCCCAGAUCUCUCAUCUGUCUUCAUUUCACUUUCUCUUUCUUUCUGUCCUGCUUUGCCAUCAUCUCCCCUCAUCACUCCUAUGUUGACUAGUAUCUCUAGUAAGUAUUGUAUGGCGGCUGCACCCCUUUCCUCUUUCCCAUCCUCAUCUUUGUUGGUGUAGGUUGAGUAAUUGCCUUUUUGUAAAUAUUGUGAAUAUGAUCUUUUGAUUGAAAUAAUAAACAUAAAAAAGCAUCGUGA